AUGACACUGAAACUGCCAUUUUCAGGCUACAAGCUUAGGUAUAAAAUAGAGGUGGGUGUUCUUCAUGCUGGUACAAAAUGCAAGUUUGUUUUGUGGGACAAGGAGAGUGAAGAACUAUUGGAAGUCUCGGCUGCUCAUAUGCGCGAAACCAUGUUUCAGGCUGGAAUAUUUGAUCCCCUCGAUUUUCCACUGGCACUUGACAAGCUCCUGGAUCAGGAGCUUGCCUUCAAAGUCAAGUGGAAACCAGAUUGGUCUAAUUGCUCGGUCAUCAUGUUAGUGAAAGAGAAACCUAUUGUGGAUCAACUAAAAGCUGAAUGGGUGGAUGCAACUACAGUUAAUACACAACAGCUUUCCGCCCCUGUGAACCAUAUCAAAGAGAGUGUUGAUGAGGCUGUUCCUCUUGAUGAUUCAGACAUUGUUACGGAUCCUGAAAUAACUUCCAAAUUGCACAGUGAACCACUCACACCUACGGCUAAAAGACAGAGCCCCGAUCCAUCCAUUGAAUCUACAGGUCAUACAACACACAGCGAAGGAGAUUUGUCUUCCACUAAACUUAAGAAACCGACCAGAAUCAUUAGGAAAUUGGUGAAUAUUGAAAAAUAG